AUGACACCAAGCAAAGGAAGCUUGUCGUCUUUAAAUUGCCAUGGUGGGAGACUCAGCGGUGGCCAUAGUUGCAACAAUAUCGGAGACGGUGACAUCAACAGCCUAAGCAAAGUUGAAAUUCUCAAAGGACAACACCCAAAAUGUCUAUGCGGUUUGUAUGCAAUAAUCUCCACUUCAAGGACUCAUAAAAAUCUGGGUAGAUUAUUUUUUGGAUGCCCACUAUAUAAGGAAAAAUUUUCUCAUUGUAAGUUCUUUGCAUGGGUUGACAAGAUUUUUGACAAUAAGUUGAAGAAUGAUGAUUCAGUGAAGAAUGUCGCCAUAGGUGGUGGUGAGAUUGUUGCUAAUAUUUCACCCAUGUAUGAUACUGAUGAUGCUGGUUUGGAACACAAACUGAUAGAGUUGCAAAAUAGAAUUGACUUGUUAGAGAUUCAGAAAAAUGUAGUCCCAAAAGCUGAGGACAAGAAUAGAUGUACGAAUGUAGUACUUGUUAUCAUGUUCCUUGCAGUGUUAGUGUUGAUUUUGUCAGUUACAAUAGCUAUUUUGUAA